CUAGCAUUCUCUGUGAGGUUGAGCAGUUAGCUGGCGUGACAAACCAUGGAAAUGAUUAAAGAAAUCGACAAGGUGGUUAGGUAUUUGAUGAGACUGCUCGAUCAAGAGCAAGCGAGGAAAUAUUCUAUUCAUAAGGACAGCAACGUUCUGGUGCUCCUAUGCACCCAGGCACAUCCAUCGGACAAGCUCACCUGCACAAUUGCUGCUGCUGGGCCGUGGGCCCCUUGGGAUGAAGUUGAAGAAGUCUUGGAUGAGUCUCUCAGCCUUUUAGAGGAGAUAUCAAACCUCCAUGCGUCUGCAUCAAUCUGCAGGUCUGUAGACAAAGAGGAGUUAUCCCUCUUUGUUAAAUCAUCGGGUCCAGUCCAUUUUGUGGUAGCCUUUGAGAUGGCAGUGGAUAAUCAGUGUUGGCAACAGGAGAGGUCCAAUACCGAAGCAUUUCUUCACAGGAUCAGCCUGGUCCGUGCUCAGAUGAAAAUCUUUUUUAAAUUCAAGGACAAUGGGGAAACUCACCAGCAUGUAUUUGGUGAUGGUGUGAAGAGCAAGAUGUUACUAAACAACCAAAGCAUUGUCAUGGACAGCACCAGGUAUCAACUGUGUCCUUUCUCGGAGGGUGGUCUCCUUCCCUGUGAUCAGAUGCAUGCGGUGGCCGGGGCAAAGGUCCCGCUGCAGCUCCCUGCUCAGCUGCUGGUGACGGGCCUCGGUGGGGAGACCAGCAUCACCGCCAUGGCAGCGCUGGGCCCCUGCAUGGAGCAGUACCCAAACUGGCCCACUCGCCUGGCAACCAUUCAGAUAUCCUUCUUGUUGGUUUACAGUCCCUCCAGUAUGCCUUGCCUGGAAUCCAACAUGGCCACUCCCUUGAGCUUCCUGCAGUCUCUGGCCGGCCGCCUGGAAUGGGAGAAGCUGGGCCUCUCUGGAGUGACCUGCGCUGAUCUGCAGCAGGCAGAGGGGGAAGCUCCAGGGUCAAGAGGCCCCCUUUGCUGGGACAUGGUGUUUAAUGUAGAGGAGAGGAAGCGAGACCAGGGAACCGAGUCCAAAUGGAACCAGACUGUGAAGCAGACACUCACCCUCUACCUGUUUCUCCAGCACUCUGACCCCUUCCACUCACAACUCUCUGACAUCAUCGUCAGUGAAGAGAUGUUUGAGAAACACUUAGACCAGGUCCUCUGGCAUAACAGUGAAAGAGUGACCUCUUCAUUGCAGUCACUACUGGAGAAGACCCUUAAACCUCAUCAGAAAAAAUGCUCAAAUCAUGGAAAGAUGCAGUCAGCUUUGCCAGUGAUACUUAACUCCCUCACCAGUGUGGUGAAUAGCAGCAGUAGUGCAGAAUUCCGCACUACUUGUUUGGACAAAAUGAAGGUCCCGGACACUCAUCAGCUGUCAGUGUCUCUUGACCAAUCGCUUCACAGUGUCACAGGAAGUCGGUUUACUCCACUGCACAGGUGUUCUACUAAGAAGCCUAAGAUUGGAGCCGGGCCCAACCCUUCAGUUCAGAGACCAGAGGGAGAGGAUGGAAGCCAAAUCCUAACAGUUGGGGAGACUGACCGCCAGGACAACAUUGUGUCCAGUGCCGCCAAAAGGCAGAAGACAGCGCCCUCUGCUGCUGAAUCACCUCUCUGCAAGCUGGCGUCUCAUGUCCGAGAGCACCUGGUUCAUGUCCAAGAGAACAUGGUUCUCCCAGCACCUGUCUCCCAGAGCCUGGUUCUCCCAGCACCUGUCUCCCAGAGCCUGGUUCUCCCAGCACCUGUCUCCCAGAGCCAGCCCUGUGUCAGCAGCACGACAUCAGUAGCACUCGCCACAAACAUCCCUGACCAAACCAAACAGGAAGACUCACAGUGGCUUCAGGCAAUCCAAAACUUUUCUGAAUGGGAUUGAUGUCAAUAGGGCCUAUAUAAUUAUUGUAAUACAAUAAUCAGUUGUUAAAAUCAAACUUUCUGCAAAGUUUUUUGUGUUGUUUUUUUGUAUGCAUAUUAUGUUACCACUGUCUGGCAUAUCUAAGUGUUCCUCACAUUCAAUCGUGU